ACAACAUAUUGUACUGUCAUCUUUUUCAUUGACAAGUAAGAAUACAAUCUAAGCGAACGAUAUGUGCUUUGCAAAGUCAUAUUUCUAACGUAUUAUUGUUUGAAACAGACCACAAUUUGUUAUAAAUUAGUUGUGUUACUCUCUUUGUGGGAAUCUAUUAGUAUAAGUUAUAAACAGGAAUUUUAUAAGCACACAUGAUGGAUGCUAAUAGUACAAAUGCUACCAUAUGUACAAUAUGGCAAAAUGAUACUCUUGAAUUUACGUCUAUUCUGGAAAUCAAUAACCACUUAGCCAGGAUACUUAUUCCAGCGGCAGUGUAUUUAUGUAUCAUACUCGUUUCGGGUGUCAUUGGAAAUGUAAUGGUGUUGUUAGUUUAUGGAUUCCGCAUUAAAAAGACUACAUACGCCAUUUUAAUCUUAAUACUUGCUGGACUAGACUUGAUGACUUGUUUGUUUGGAGUGCCAUAUCACAUUAUAUCUGUCGUUUAUCCUUUGAUGUUUGUCUGGGCCGGAUUUUGUAAGUGUGUGAGCUUCUUUCUUCAUUUCGCAACAAUCUCCUCGGCGUUUAUCGUUAAUUUGAUCGCUUACGAUCGAUAUCGCAAGAUUUGCAAACCUUUUCAAAGACAACUUUCUUUGAAACAUAUCAAAACCGCCUCUUUUGUAAUUAUAACAGUUUCGGUAAUUCUAGCUACUCCUGUUUUGGCACUUUUCAGUUCAACACCAGAGGCGACUGGCAUUUCAAACAUUACAGGGACGGUAUGUUUUAUUAGACAAGAUAUGUCUGGGACUCAUUUUCAUCAGGUCUAUAACGGAAUCAUUUUCCUAAUUUACAUUAUGCUACUUUUUUUCAUGAUAUCGAUGUACUUUCCUGUUGGCAGACAGAUAUUAAGACUUAGUGCAUUUAAACACAAAACAAGCAGCGCAGCAUUUCAAACAACAGGGAUGUCUCGGCAUUCGCUCACUCCGGGAGAGAUCCCCGAUAAACCCCUUAGAAUGGCUUUUGAAAUGAAAACUGAGGACGAAGACAUGGAAGAGUCAAAAAGUGUUGAAGUAAACUCCUAUUGUGAUACCACUAUAGAAAAAUCAAAAAUUAAAAUAGAAUCCUCAAAAAAAAUUCGUAAUCACGAUACGUGUUGUUCAAAAUCGAAAACGGCUUCAGUCACAGCGGGCAGUCACAAUUCAUUGCCAAAUACUGAAAAACCUUCAAACACAGAUUUAGUAACACGGAAACUUGAUGAACGAGUCCGUAUUACAAUUAUGCUAUUUGUUAUUACUUUUGUAUUUAUUAUUAGUUUUAUGCCUUAUCUUACAACUGAAAUCAUAAGCAGUCUAAACAGUAAAAUCUGGAAAAAUUUGUCUGAAGCACAAUUAGUUAUUUACGCAUUUUUACUAAGAACGUAUCUCAUUUCAAGUAUGAGUAAUCCAAUUGUUUAUUGGUUCCUGGACAAAAAAUUUAAAUCUGAACUCUGCAUAUUGUUUAGAAAUUUGUUUACUUGCUGCAAAAAAUAGUUUAUACCAUGUUGCUUUGCCACAAUGCAAAUUUAGUUUAAAUAUUACUUUUCAUGUAUUGUGGUAUCAUCUUAAUCCAAUGAACAUACAAAGCAAUCACGCGAAAUAAAUAAUAAGAAACA